UCCUCGAUGAGCUUGUCGGUGCCGCUCCCCUCCGCCCCGAUGGCGAAGCCCUCCGUCGCCCGGCUCAAGCCCCACCUCCCGCUCCUCACCGUCGUCCUCUUCGCCUUAACCUUCCUCGCUCUCUUCCACACCCAACGUGUCACUUUCUUCUCCUCUUCUUCCAUCUUUAAACUCAAUUCAUGCACGCGAAAAUCUGCCUCCUCGAAAACAGGGGAGGAGCCGUGGAGCGACCCGUUAAUGGAUGACCGGUUCGAGUUCGACCCGGAGGAGUGUAGCGUAGUAAAUGGGAAGUGGGUUUUUAACCGAUCGAUCAAACCGUUGUACACGGACCGGUCGUGCCCGUAUCUUGACCGGCAAGUGUCGUGUGUCAAGAAUGGGCGGGAGGAUUCUGAUUAUCGGCAUUGGGAGUGGCAGCCGGACGAUUGCAGAUUACCCCGAUUUAAUGCAGAGAUUGCACUGAAGAAGCUUAGAGGAAAGAGGCUGAUGUUCGUUGGGGAUUCAUUGCAGCGUGGCCAAUGGCAGUCGUUUGUUUGUAUGGUUCAAUGGUUGAUUCCAGAGGACAAAAAGUCUCUCAAAAGAGGCCGAUUUCACUCUGUUUUCAGUGCUAAGGAAUACGAAGCUACCAUUGAGUUUUAUUGGGCCCCAUUUCUGGUACACUCAAAUUCGGACAAUCCCAUAAUUGGAGAUCCAAAGCAAAGAAUACUAAGAGUGGACUCAGUAGCCAACCAUUCCAAACAUUGGACCAACGUCGAUAUUCUCGUAUUCAAUACCUACGUGUGGUGGAUGAGCGGCGUCCAAAUCAAGUCCUUGUGGGGAUCGUUUCAAAAUGGAGAGGAAGGAUACGAAGAACUUGACACACCAAUUGCUUAUAGAAUAGGAUUGAAGACUUGGGCCAAUUGGGUCGACUCGAAUGUCAAUCCCAACAAGACACGUGUCUUCUUUACAACAAUGUCUCCGACUCACACAAGAAGCAUAGAUUGGGGGAGAGCGAACGGGAGCAAAUGCUUCAACGAAACGAAGCCGAUAAGGGAGAGGAAAUUCUGGGGGAGCGGAUCCGACAAGGGAAUGAUGAGUGUGGUGGCGAAAGUGGUGGAGAGAAUGAAAGUUCCGGUGGCGUUCAUCAACAUAACACACCUCUCCGACUACCGAAUCGACGCCCACACCUCCGUCUACACCGAAACCGGGGGGCGGUUGCUGACGGCGGAGCAGAAAGCAGACCCGCUGCACCAUGCCGAUUGCAUCCACUGGUGCCUCCCCGGCGUCCCGGAUACUUGGAAUCAAAUACUUUUUGCACAUUUGUAGAAAUAUUAUUAGUAACAA